AUGAAUCUACCCUAAUUAAAAGUGAAGGAUCUUCAACAGAUUGAUUCAGCCCGUUUCACGAGAUUCAUGUAAAAUUAAAUAGCGGUGAUGCCUCAAUUAAAUAAUCCAAAACAAUUAGCAAUUGCCUUAGCCUCCAAGUACACUAAACUCAAGAAUUAACCAAAACUAACUCAAUCACUUGUCGUUUCGAAGGAAGCAAAAAGUAGUGAUUAAAAUAAGGUUUUAUUAUUGCCAACCCUAAUCCAAAAUUAUUACAUCUACUGUCUAGGAACUGGUAACAAUCAUAAUGUAGUUCAAAGAGUGCUCUCUAAAAGAAAUGAGUGGAUGUCUACAACCAAUAAGAAUGAUUCAUUCAUAAAUUUUAGGUGGUAAUAAUAUUCAAAAGGUUAUCAGUUUGAUAAACUGGUAUCAGGCAAUAAGGUGAAGUAGGCAGUCAACCAUUUUGAGUUUCAUUCAGAGGUAUCAUCGAAGAUCUACCUCUUUAGUAAUCUCUCGCAUUAUUGUGAAGUAUUGCCUAACUUAAAUAGGAAAACAAAAUAGAUAUCAUGAAUUUCGUUCCUUUAACCUUUGUUUUAGAUUUCACAAACGAUAAGGCAGAUAUGUGUCUACUACAAUUUCUUUAAUAUUACGAAAGCAAUGCUCCUUAAUCUAUUAAAUUACACGAUACUCAGAAUAAGUUUUAUAAUAUUAGGCGUUAGCUCAACACUUACAUGCAAAUAACUGAUAAGAUUAUUUAAAUCAACAAAUCUAAGAUCCCAAGCACAUUCUUAGGCCAAGAUUAUUUAUGGAUUUUGAAGCCGACACAAUAUAAUCGUGGUAUAGGUAUACAUGUUGUCAAAGAUUUGGAUAAAUUGACUCACCUGCUUGAUCAAUACCUUAGUGGAAAGUAAUAAAUGAAGGAUGGCUAAAUAAUCAAAUCAAGGUAGUUCGUCAUUCAAAAAUAUUUGGAAAAACCAUUAUUAAUUAAUAAUCGCAAAUUUGAUAUCAGAGUCUGGGGAUUACUGAACUAGGAUCUAGAGUUUUUCUUUUUUGAAUAAGGGUACAUCAGAAUGGCAUCUGAAGAAUACACGACCAAGAAUGUAUAAAACUAAUAUGUACACUUAACCAAUAAUGCUAUUUAAAAGCAUAGUCCAAAUUAUGGAAAAUUGGAAGAUGGAAAUCAGUUAUCAUUUGAUUAAGCAGCUGCAUACUUUAAAAGCAAAGGAGACUUCUAUAAAUAGGUAAUCGAACUCUUUAUCAUUUAAGAUAGUUGAAAAUAUUAAACAAAUUUCUCUCAGGGCAUUCCAAUCAACGAGAAGGAAAAUCAAUUUUUUUGGAAGGAGAUACUGUUUCGAGAUAUUUGGAUUAGACUAUAUGAUAGAUGAUGAUUUUAAGGUUUGGCUAAUUGAAGUUAACACAAAUCCGUGUUUAGAAGAGUCUAGUCAAUUACUGUAAAGACUUAUUCCUCGAAUGCUUGAUGAUGCAUUUUCAUUGACAUUGGAUCAUUUAUUUCCAGUUACUAAAAAAUAGAUUGCAUUUUCCGUCCCAAAUUAUUCUGAUAAUCAUAAUAUGUGGCAAUGGCUGGGUAAAUUAUUAUGA